AUGCCAACUGAUAAAUCCGUAAAUAUGGAGGAAAAACUGUGGAUACUGGAGGACCUCAACAUGAUGUAUAUCCGCCAAAUUGCGCUCAGUUUGCAGGACAGUGACAUUCAGAAGAAGAUCGACCAUGAGAUCCGGAUGCGUGAUGGAGCCUGCAAAUUGCUGGCUGCUUGUUCGCAAAGGGACCAGGCUUUGGAGGCAGCAAAGAGCCUGCAGACGUGCAGCACUCGGAUCAUGGCCUACAUGUCGGAGCUGCAGAGGAUGAAGGAAGCGCAGGUCAUGCAGAAGGUCCCACGCAGAUCGUCAGACGCAGGGCCCAUGGAUGACAGACUCCCAUGCAAAGGAAAAGUUGCUAUCUCAGAUCUUCGGAUCCCCCUCAUGUGGAAAGAUACGGAGUAUUUCAAGAACAAAGGAGAGCUUCAUCGGUGUGCUGUGUUCUGCCUCCUGCAGCUGGGGGGACAGAUCUUCGACACAGACAUGGUGAUAGUGGACCGGACGCUCACCGAUAUCUGCUUCGAUAACACGAUCAUAUUUAGUGAAGCCAGUCCGGGUUUUCAGCUGCGUGUUGAGCUGUAUAGCUGCUGCUCAGAGGAUGACUACUCUGCUGGAAGCACACCGAGGAAACUGGCAAGCAAGCUCAGCUCUUCACUUGGGCGAUCAGCAGGGAAGAAGCUCAGAGCCGCCAUGGAGCCUGGACCAUGUAGUCCUGUCAGCAACGGGGGGGCCACUCCUCUCCUUCUGCCCGUUCCCUCCGUACCAGGUCCCAAGUAUCACCUUUUAGCGCACACGACGCUGUCGCUGACACACGUCCAAGACAGCUUUCGCACGCAUGACCUCACCAUUUCAGGCAACGAGGAGUGUUCGUACUGGCUGCCUCUCUACGGCAGCAUGUGCUGCCGCCUCGCUGCUCAGCCCCACUGUAUGACCCAACAGAUGAUGACUGGAUGUUUGAAAGUGAAGCAGUGUGGAGGUGACCAUCAGAGUUGGACUAAAGUGUAUGCUGUGCUAAAAGGAACGAGCCUUUCCUGCUACCAACAGCAAGAAGAUGUAGAGGCGAACGUGGAACCGGCUUUCACCAUCGGCAUCAACAAGGAAACCAGGAUACGUGCAUCAGAGAAGGACCCUCACAGUAAAGUUCAGAACAUUUGCAUCAGUAACCAGUAUGGAGGGGAGGAGGUCACGCACACGCUGACCGCAGACAGCCGGGAGGACACUCACCGUUGGAUGGAGGCAUUUUGGCAGCAUUUCUAUGAUAUGAGCCAAUGGAAGCAAUGUUGUGAUGACGUGAUGAAAAUUGAACUCCCAUCACCAAGGAAACCGGCACCACUCACACCAAAACAGGGCUCUCUGUAUCAUGAAAUGGCCCCUAUUGCCUCACCCUCCUGUGAGGGUCUUCUGCUGCAGGAUAACGCUGUGUCUGCUGAGAUUCGUGCUCUGCUCUCAUCCUAUUACAACGACAGUAAAGAGCUUUGUUGCUUCUCCCCUGCAGUUAUUGAGUCGUCUGACGACCUCAGCACAGUGUCGGACAUUUUGGCUCGGCGGAUGCAGGAGCUGGAGCUCCGCAGCCAGCUGGGCACCGCUUCCGCUUGGAUGUCUAUGUUUGAGGAGAACGGCGCGAAGGGCGCCGGCUUCCGUCAUCACUGCACCUCUCAUCUGUCCGGCCGAAGCCCCUGCACUCCGCACCGGCUGCCCCGGAGCCCCGCCAGCCCUCGCCGCUGCCCACAGCUGGCUCUGCAGUCCUCGGACGCCAGCCUGACCUCGGACAGCGACAGCCACUGUAGCACCAGCCCCUGCUCCCACCACCACGGCUGGCCCGAGCCCUCCACGAACUUAGCCCACUUGUCCUCAUCCCCCUCCCGUCCCAGGCCCCGCACCUUUUCACUGGACGCUAAACUGAGCACUCUUCGGGGGAGGGGUUACGUGGGAGGAGGAGGAGGAGGAGGGAUGUUCCAGUGCUCCUGCCAGCCUCCUCCCUCGUCCCUGCUCACCCCCCUCCCCGUCUCCUCCCGGUCGCAGCACAGCACGCAGACCACCCUCUCCUGCUCCAGCUCCACGUCCAGCAACAGCUCCAGCAACAGCGAGGGCAGCCACAGCCCGGAGUCGUCCGAGGGAGCCCCCUUCUCCAGGCCGUCCCCGGCCCGACGCAGCCUUAGGAACCUCCGAGCCAGACUGGAUCCCCGUAACUGGCUUCAAAGUCAGGUGUGA